AGAUGCCAGAGCACUUCACACCGUCUCAUCCCCAGACGCAGAGCAGCCCGAAAAACCGCUAGUCCACAGAAUCUGAAGAGAGGAAUCGCCGCACCGAUCGUCGAGAUGAAGUUAUUCGCCGCAACGAGUUUGCUAAUUACUCUCCUGGCCGCGGUCGCCGCCCGACCCGAACCCCCGGUGAACCAGUAUCUGCCACCGAAUCAACAGUUCAUUCCCUCCCAAAUACCCUCGGACUUUGUAGGAUCCAACCCGGCCCAUGGACCCGGAGGCAUUCAGUACUUACCGCCGAAUUCCAACACCUUUGGUGCCCACCAGGGAUACGACGAUGGUUCCAACGGCGAACCAGCGAAGUACGAGUUCGAAUAUACCGUAAACGACUUUGAAUCUGGGAACGAUUUUGGACACAGAGAGAACACCGAGGGUGGCGUUGCUCGUGGCAUUUACUACGUCCUGUUGCCGGACGGUCGCAGACAGACGGUGGAAUACGAAGCCGACGAGAAUGGUUUCCGGCCGAAGGUUACAUACACGGACGAAGGAUCCAGGGGCGGAAAUACCGGAGGAAACGGGGGCUACGGAUACUAGCUUCCUGAAGACGUCGUUCUUAAUUGUCACUCUGGACCUUUAGAAGUUUACAAAGUUAUUCAGGCGCUGGGUGAAGAUAAAAGGGAAAUUAGAAAGAAUUCGCGGUUUUUAUCCGGAGUGUUAUCGAAACUUAUAACAUCUGUCACAAGUUGCCGGUUACUCAAUAGUAUCAUAUUCAGGAAAG